AGGGUGUAAGUGAAAGCGACGCGCAGGCGACACCCUGAACCGUACGCGUACAAACCUCGGGGAAAACGUCUGAGCAGUCAUGGAGAAAAGUAUCAAGGAGCAUCUGGAGGAUACGUUUAACGACCUGGGGAGUCGCGAGAUGAAGAACUUCAAAAGCAAACUGUGCGAUCGGAAGAAAGCGGCGGGAAUCCGAAAAGCCAAACUCGAAAAAGUUGAAGACGCUAUGGAUCUCGCCGAUUUAAUGGUGAGCACUUUCACGUCGACUGGAGCGGUUCCUGUAGCUUUAGAAAUUUUAGAGGCUAUUGGCUGUAAUGAAGAAGCGGCGGAGCUCAAAGGGAAGACCGGUUUAUCUGCGGCUCAGUCAAUGGAUGCAUUGGAUGGACCAGGUUUAUCUGCUGCUCAGUCAAUGGAUGGACCAGAAUUAUCUGUGCCUGCCUCGGAGGAUGUAGGACCAGGUCACAGUGGGAAUGCUCUGUCUGAUGACUGGCAUAAACAAUUGCAUCUUGCUUUAUGCAGCCAGCAAUUUAAAAACAAAAUGAUGAAAGAAAAUGGAGAGGAGAUUUACGAAGUAAAAGAAAAGUCUGUAAGAAAACGUCUAGCCCUGCUCAUCAACAACAUAGAUUUUGAUGAUAAGGACAUGACAAGGAGAGGGGCGGACAGAGAUGAAGAAAACUUGGAAUGGCUCUUAAAGGAGCUGGAUUAUCAAGUUGUCAAGUACAGAAAUCUCUCUGCAAAGGAAAUUGAGAAAGCAGUCAAGGACUUUGCUCGACGUGAAGAACAUAAACAUUCUGACAGCACCUUCGUGGUUAUAAUGUCCCACGGUCAAAGGGAUGCCAUAUUGGGUGUCCAUUAUUCAGCGCUCAAUCCCUCGGAUACCUUCCCUGUGGAUCAGAUCUACCGCAGUCUGAACACUGAGAAUUGUCCAGGUCUGCGAAAUAAACCGAAGGUUAUUCUUAUCCAAGCCUGCAGAGGAGGAGAGAGCGGACGCAUAUGGGCCACUGAGGGUGAUGUCGAGGGUGAUGACUUUGUGCACAAAGAGAAAGACUUCAUUUCUCUGAUGUCCUGCACCCCGGACACCAAAUCUUACAGGCAUGUUGAAAAUGGAACAUUUUACGUUCAAUACUUAGUGGAUGUGUUAAUGAAACAUGCGCAUGAGGAUCACAUCGAGGAACUGUUCCGAAAGGUUAUUCGACGCUUUGACACAGCAGAUACGAUGGGGCGCUACCGGCAAAUGGCAUGUAAAAACAGAGCGUCGCUGCCAAAGUUGUUCUACCUGUUCCCUGGACUCUGAUGUUCAAUCUGUACUAUGUUUGUUGUUGAUUGCUCAUUUGUGAAUUUUAUAGAUCUUCACGUGCCUUGUAAUCUCCAAAGAAGCCUGAAAAAAGUUCUCUAAACAAAACUAGGAAGUAAUUGUGAUUUUUAGUAGUGGGUUAGAUGUAUUUCCUCUGCAGAGGAGACACGUUUUUUUAAGUGAAAUUCAUGUCUUGUCUUGUUUAUCGCAGACCUUAAAAUGCCACUGGCAUAUAUUACAACACACCCUCUAAAAAUGUUAAUAUAGCGUGUCAAUUUACAAUAUGGAUAGGUGCUAAAGUUCUUUUUUUUUUAACAGCUACAGCUUUUAUUUAAACGUGGCUAAUGUUUUAGCACAUCUGAUCUCUUCUGGAAGCUUGUUCCAACAUUAGACAUUAAAGUACCCUGAAAGCCA